UUAAGAACAAAGCUGAAAUGAAAACAGAUCUCCAUUUAUUGUUGGAAUGUCUGAAAUUUCAAAUGGGAAAUCCUGAUUCUCAGAAGGGAGCUUUGGUCACCAUCUACUCAAUCUGUCAGGAUAACAGUGAUGCAUGUGAAUAUUUCCGAGAAGUAGGUGGAUUAAUGUUUGUGAGUAACCUUGCAAAAUCCUGCACACACUCAAUAGUGAAAGAGGCAUCCUUGUUUACAUUAGGCGUGCUUGCAGAGAACAAUGUAUAUUGUCAGCAAACCUUGUGCACCUUAGAACUGUUUGAAGAUUUCUGUGCAACCUUGUCUAAAGAAGACUCCUCUUUGAAUUUAAAAAGAAUGUCAGUAUAUGUGCUUUUGGUCUUAGUUUCAAAUAACAAAUGUGGUCAGAACCUUGCACGGGAAUCUGGAUGUAUUGAUAUGCUUCUACUAUUAUUUAGAGAAAUCCUGAUAAAGUGCAACAUGCAUCUGUCAUCUAAAGCCCCAGGCGAGCUUUACCAGCUGUGGACAUCAGUCUGCAGUGCUCUUUGUGCAUGUGUCAAUAACCCUCAGAACGAUGAAAACCAGAAACUGUGCAGUUCAGCAUUUCCUCAAGCAAAAGAUUGGCUUCAAAAAUAUGCUCAGCCUGAGAUCGCCCGUCCUAUCUGUUCUCUGGUUGGACUUACAGUUGCGAAUAACAGUUUUGCACAAGGAUACUUCUCCUCAGUUGGAGGCCUAGACGCAAUUGCUGAAGUUCUUAUCCAGCUUGUUGCUGAUCUACAGGGGAACCAAUCAAACUCGAAAUUUGCUGUUGUGAUGACAAAGACACUAGAUGCUUGUAUCACUGAUAAUGCCAUAUGUGUCAAACGUUUGUCAAAACACAAAAUUACAUCAAGUUUGAUCAAACUAUUGUCCCAUGAAACCCUUGAUCCAGCGGACAGAUUCAGUAUUGUGCUUACUUUAGGCCACUGCACUGAGAAUUGUGAAGCAAAUCAAUAUGAGCUACUAAAAAGCAAUGGACUUCCCCUCAUGAUUCAACUGCUUGCUGAGUCGCAAGAUGAUGAAUUAAACAAAGCUGCCACUUUUGUCCUCCAGAACUGCAGGCAAAUCACUGAAAGAGUAUUUGCCAGUGUAAAACAGCAUUCUCCAGAUUCAAAAGAAGGCUCUCCUCCAGAUCUGAUGACGGCAACAGAGAAACGCAUUGAUGAAUACUGGAUUAAAGCAAAGCACAUGCUUCACAAAAUUGAAUCUUUACAAAGACUUCAUAGUAAGGCAAGUUGA